AAACUUGUCACCCUCAAUGAGGACGACGUUCUCGCGGAGGCGCCCUUUGGCGCUGACUACGGCCAACUCACCAAUGGCCUUACCUACUACGUGCGCGUUAAUUCCAAGCCCAAAAUGAGGGCUGCUCUUGCUCUAGCUAUUAGGGUUGGGGGUCUUUCAUACAUUGAUGGCAGCCAUCCAUUCAGUUAUUUGAUUUUGAAGCAUGACUUUCCAAAAACUGAUGGACAUCUGAGGAAGUAGCAAUGUGUCUAUUGCAACUUUACUAGGGAAACAAAAAUAUGCCUGAGAAUGGAACAUUUCUGUCUAGAUAUGCUGACAAGAACUGAUCUCUCUCUUGAUAUGUUUCAUACUUCUAAAAUCCUUGUGACAGUUCAGUUUUGGAAGAGGAGGAAGAACGUGGAGUUGCACACAUAGUUGAGCAUUUAGCUUUCAGUGCUACUAAAAAGUAUUCAAACCAUGAUAUUGUCAAAUUUCUUGAAAGUAUUGGGGCUGAAUUUGGUGCCUGCCAAAAUGCUGUUACAUCGGCUGAUGAAACUGUUUAUGAGUUAUUUGUUCCUGUUGACAAGCCCGAACUUUUAUCUCAGGCCAUUUCAGUAUUGGCAGAGUUCAGUUCUGAGGUUCGUGUAUCAGCAGAUGACUUGGAAAAAGAAAGGGGAGCGGUACUGGAAGAGUAUAGAGGAAGCAGAAAUGCUAAUGGAAGGAUGCAGGAUGCCCACUGGGUUUUGAUGAUGGAGGGUUCAAAAUAUGCAGAGCGUUUACCCAUUGGACUAGAAAAAGUGAUCCGAACUGUUUCCCCCAACACUGUUAAACAAUUCUAUAAGAAAUGGUACCAUUUACACAAUAUGGCUUUGAUUGCUGUUGGAGACUUCCCUGAUACACAGAGUGUUGUGAAGAUGAUAAAAAAUCAUUUUGAAGAUAAAGUUCCAGUAGUUGAUCCCCCAAUUAUACCUCAAUUCACCGUGCCUUCUCAUGAGGAACCACGAUAUUCAAGUUUCGUAGAAUCUGAAGCCGCUGGGUCAGCGGUGAUGAUCAGUUGCAAAGUCCCUGUGGAUGAGCUGAAAACUGUAAAAGACUACCGGAAUUUACUGGCUGAAUCCAUGUUCUUUCAUGCUUUGAACCAGAGGUUCUUUAAAUUGUCUCGGAAGAAGGAUCCUCCCUACUUUUCUUGCUCGGCUGCUGCGGAUGUGCUUGUUCGUCCAACUAAAGCCUAUAUAAUGACUUCGUCCUGCAAGCAAAAUGGAACUAUUGCAGCACUCGAAUCAAUGCUGAUCGAGGUUGCCAGAGUUCGUAUGCAUGGAUUUUCUGAGCGAGAAAUAUCUGUCGCUCGUGCUCUUUUAAUGUCAGAGAUUGAAUCUGCCUAUCUAGAGCGCGAUCAAAUGCAAUCUACCAAUUUGCGAGAUGAGUAUAUCCAGCAUUUUCUCCGAAAUGAACCUGUUGUUGGCAUUGAAUACGAAGCACAACUUCACAAAACCCUUCUACCAAAUGUGUCGGCUGCUGAAGUAUCGAAGUACUCGAAGAAUUUUCGAACAUCAUGUAAUUGUGUUAUAAAAACAAUUGAACCUCACGCUGCCGCAACAGUUGAUGAUUUGAGAACUGUUGUUUCAACGGUCAGAACUCUUGAAGAAGAAGGAAAUAUUUCUCCCUGGGAUGAUGAGAGCAUCCCAGAAGAAAUUAUUAGCACACAGCCAAAUCCAGGUCAUGUGGUGGAGCAGUUUGAGUACUCCAGUAUUGGUGCCAUGGAAUUGAUUCUUUCAAAUGGCAUGCGGGUUUGCUAUAAAUGCACUGAUUUUUUCGAUGACCAGGUUUUGUUCACAGGUUUUUCAUAUGGAGGCUUAUCUGAACUCCAAGAAAGUGAAUAUUUCUCUUGCUCAAUGGGUCCUACUAUUGCUGGUGAAAUUGGUAUAUUUGGUCAUAGACCUUCUGUGCUGGCCGAUAUGCUUGCUGGUAAAAGAGCUGAAGUUGGCACAAGUCUUGGUGCUUAUAUGAGAAGCUUUUCUGGAGACUGCUCACCUUCAGACUUGGAAACUGCAUUGCAGCUGGUGUAUCAACUCUUUGUGACAAAUGUAGAAGCAGGGGAAGAAGAUGUAAAAAUAGUGAUGCAGAUGGCAGAAGAAUCUGUUCGUGCUCAAGAGAGAGACCCUUAUACUGCAUUUUCUAACCGUGUGAGGGAGAUCAAUUAUGGAAGUUCCUAUUUUUUCAGGCCAAUUAAAAUUAACAACCUACGGAAAGUUGACCCCAUCAAGGCUUGUGAAUAUUUUAACAAUUGUUUUAAGGAUCCUUCAACUUUUACUGUGGUCAUUGUUGGGAAUAUUGAACCUGGCAUUGCUUGUCCUUUGAUACUACAAUAUUUGGGAGGGAUCCCAAGACCUCCCAGUCCAAUAAUGAAUUUCAAACGUGAUGAACUCAAAGGCUUACCAUUUACUUUUCCUUCUGCUGUCAUCAGAGAAGUUGUGCGGAGCCCUAUGGUGGAAGCCCAGUGUUCCGUCCAGCUGUGCUUUCCUGUUGAGCUUAAGAAUGAGCAUAUGAUGGAAGAUGUUCACUUGACUGGGUUGAUGAGCAAGCUUCUGGAAACAAAGAUAUUGCAAGUACUCCGGUUUAAGCAUGGACAGAUUUACUCUGCUGGAGUUUCUGUGUUCCUUGGUGGCAACAAACCUUCAAGAGUCGGUAACAUUCGUGGAGAUAUAAGUGUUAAUUUUUCCUGUGAUCCUGAGAUAUCAUCCACACUGGUCAAUCUUGCCUUGGAUGAAAUUCUACGACUUCAAGAGGAAGGACCUUCAGACGAUGAUGUCUCUACCAUCCUUGAAAUUGAGCAGCGGGCCCAUGAAAAUGGAUUGCAGGAGAACUACUAUUGGCUGGAGAGGAUUCUACGAAGUUACCAAUCUAGGAUAUAUUCUGGUGAUGUUGGCGCCACUUUCAAGAUUCAAGACGAGGGGCGUAAUGGAGUAAGAAAUACAUUGACCCCGGCAACAGCUCAGUUGGCAUUGCAAAGAAUCAUCCCGUUCCCGUGCAAAAAGCAGUACACUGUAGUAAUUCUUAUGCCCCAAUCAUCCUGUUUAAAGAGGCUAAGAUCAUUCAUCAACACCAGAGACCCAAAGAUUUUGGUAGGCGUCGCCGGCUCAGCAAUUUUGGGUUUCACACUAUGGAAAUACUCUCAAAGAGCAGCGUCCUCAUCGGCUUCAGCUUAGAUCUAGAGCACUACCUGCAUAGCAAAUAACCUUACUAAAAAGCUGCAUAGCAACAGAUAAAGAAGCUACGGUUUUGUUUCAGCAGAUGCUGUUGUUAUUCGACUAGGUUCAUUGGUAACUCCUCCCUUCAUUGUUCCGAGACAAUAGCUUAUGUGAUAUGUAAAUGCUGAACUUUAUUGGCUACAUUGGAAGUCAGUGAUUGAUAUGAACUAUAUGAGAUGAUUGAUUAAGUUACCUACUAUUAUUAUUAGAGAUGGAA